GGAACAAGGAGCAAUCUGACCUCUGAAAGGUAAGGACGGUCACCAUACUGUUCCACGAUUUUCUCUCUGACUGUUGGCUGCUUUGUUUAGGCAGGUAAUCACCUGAUAAGCCUCUCUAAAGGUGAUAGGUCAAAGAGGAGGACAGGAAGCAUGUCUGACAGGAGUCUCUGAAGCUGUUAAUGACCAAGACGGACCAAGAAGUGUUCUGCUGCUGCAUCUCAAUUUCCCCUCGGUUGUAUCAUUAUCCUGUGUUUAUUGCAGCAUGUCCAAAGCAGGAGAGAGGACCUCUUCUACAACUUCUGCCGACUCAGCCCUAACAGACAGCAAAGAUGGUGGCUCUAAAACUAGCACAGCCACAAACUCCCCAUCGGGUUCAGUUUCUGAAACACCAAAGAAGUCCUCCAAGAAGGCCAAGAAAAGCACAGAGAGCAUGACCAAAGUCUACAACUCCAUUCUCAACAGUGUUUUUGGGGCCGAGAGAGAGCUGGCCCAGGCUGAAAUAGACGAGUUGCAAGAAGCCUUUAAGGAGUUUGACUAUGACCAAGACGGCUAUCUGAACUACAAAGAUGUGGCUGAAUGCAUGAGAACCAUGGGAUACAUGCCCACUGAGAUGGAGCUGCUGGAGAUCGUACAACAAAUCAAGAUGAGAAUGGGCGGUUUGAUGGACUUUGAGGAUUUUAUCGAACUGAUGGGGCCGAGGAUGAUGGGAGAAACCACAAACAUGCUGGGACUCAAGGAGCUCCAGUCAGCCUUUCUACAGUUUGACUUGGAUGGAGAUGGUAAGAUCAACCAGGAAGAGAUGAAGGAAGCUCUGAAAAGUCUACUGGGGGAGAAGCUGAAGAAGGGAGAGCUGGAGGAGAUCCUAAAGGAGCUGGAUGUUAAUGCUGAUGGAAACAUUGACUUUGAAGAGUUUGUGAUGAUGCUUUCUAUUCACUGAAAUCUGGAAACAGAACCUGCAUGGACCAUCACUUACGCGUCGUCUGACAAGUUUUAUUAUAUAAUCCAAUGUAUUGUAAUUCUUGCUUCAGUGAAGACAAAUACCGCUAUAGCCAACCUGUGAAGAACUGUGAGAAGAUGCUAAUAAGAUGAAGACGUUUGUUUGAGGCAGACUGGGAUGAAUGCCAUGACUGAGUGUGUAAUUGGCAGACUAACCUUCUGUGUGGACAACACAAAUGAAGAGUUUCCACCUCUCAUCUAAAAUACUUCUUCAGUAUUUCGGAAUCUAUGCCAGCAUAUCCUUAAAAUUGAAAACAGCUAAAUGGAGUUAAAGUAUAAUUAAUUUAUUUUAUCUUAGUUUUUUUCUUGCUGUCAUUUUAAUUUUUCUCAGACUCAAACAUUUGAGUCUGUAAUAAUCUCCAGGCACCCUUUAGCAAAAAUAAUUGUUGAAUGGGUAAAAAUAAAAAUUACUAUUAAAUUAAAUUUGAGAUUUUAAUUUAAAACAAAUUAGAUGUUUUAUGGCCUGAAAGUACUUUUUCCUUCCAUUUACUGAACAGAGGUUUUCUGUUGUAAUAGUUCAGGGUGAUAGUGUCCCCAGUGCAAAGAGUGAUAGAGUAAUUACUGAGGAAAGGCAGAUGAAGCCAGUGAUCUGUCUAAAAAAAAGACAUCCAUUAAUUAUACAAAGCUGGGAAGUUCAGCUGUUAAAUAAAAUUGUUCCCUUUCUCACAUCUUUUCUCUACAAAGUAGGAUGACAGAACAUCCUCCAAGAGUAGUGUUUUCAUAUUUGUUGCCCUUGGUCAAACUGCCCAACUUUGUCUUUUUUAUUUUGAACCACAACCCAAGACCACGACCCACUAUGGAAGAAGCAGUAGUAAAUGACUGACUGACAUUUACUGUUAAGUAUAUGAUUAAAGAAGAUCUUUCUAUCAAGAUUUCCCUCCCAUCUUCAGGAAAUAUCCACUCUGACUUUUGUAAACUUUGUGACACUGAACAAAUACCAUGCAUAAGCAGGCUUUGUAAACAAAUACACCUACAGCCACAGUAAAAAAUAAAGUACACCAUUCUUACAUUCUAGUCUUCUACAAAUAUUGCAUAUAUUUAGGGUUUAGGGAGGUACUUUUCCAUUCUGGUUUCAUCUUUAACAAAUAAUAACGUGGUGGGAUUUGUUGUGGGUUCUCGAACACUUUGUGUGGGAAUGAAAUAAUUUUCAAUGACCUUGUAAAGACUGGGUCAUUCAUACAUUAAAAUCCAAAAGCUGGUGGAGGGUGUACUUUCUUUUUAGAAUGACAGUAGGUUUUAGCCAGCAUCUGACAAUGUAUGAGGCUCACGUUGUUUUUGAGGGCUCAGGACUUUCAGAUCGCUCACAUUGAUACAGGACGCGCAUGCAGAACUGCACUCAUUUAAAGCUGUACUGCAUGGUUUCAAUAAGGUUCUGUUUGAAAGGUUCUUAGAACUAUUUUACUUUAUGGAAGAAAAAAUUAAGUUCAUCACAACACCGCUAUAAUAACCUCAGCCCAUAUUAGUAACCAUUUCCUUGAGUUUUUUGUCUAUAUAUUGUUGCGGCUCUUUAUGCUAAUAAUCCUUCUCUUCUUUCUAUGUUUUGUUCACUCUGUCCUACUAUAUACCAACUAAAAAUGGAUACGUUUGCUCUG